GGACGGGGGAAACAAGAUCCGACGCUAUAAAUUUCAACUCGAUUCCCAAAUAUUAACCAGUUGUUACAUAUUACCGACUUAGUUGUCGUGUAAAGUGGCUGACCCCAUCAUGAAGGUGUACUACCUCCUCUUGGUGAGUGCAAUUUGCGUUUGGAUCACCCCGACACGUUCUCAAUUUUUCUAUUCACAUUACACUCCUCUAUCAAGCCCGAUUUUCUCUCAAACUUUCCUUCCAACGCUUCCUGCAGUCUCAUACACGCCACGAGUCGCUUCCACUUCUUCAAUUACUUACAACAUACCGAAUAUUCCCACAGUUGAAUAUCGCGGAUUUGGCUAUCGCACCGAUUACAAAGAUGGGGCUAGUUCGACUGUUUUCUACGUCACAGGACCGGAAGCUCAACACUUGAGGAGUUUCAAAGAUUUCCCGAGUUUCGCACGAAAACUGCAAGAACCGAUGCCCGGAAAAGCCCGGAGUCUAGCCUCGGAUCUCACUGAUAUUAACGCCAUCCCUGAUGCUAAUCAAAAAAUACAAAAUAUUUUACAACCGGCCGAUUUUGAUAGAUUAUUCGAUGCUGCAACUCCCGGAGUUGUGAAUUUUUAUUCGUUCCCUGCCGGAACUGUUCCUUUGGCUUUGGCGAGACAAUUAAAUACGACAAAUGUCACGACAACUACGCCCUCGAGUAAAGAAGAGGAACAUGAAGCUGCUGAAAGUGUCGUCAGUUCGAAAGUUGUUAUCAACGCGAUUGAUAAUAUGAUUAAAUCAAACGGAACGACGAGCGAAAAUACCACCACAACUACUGCGAAAGCAGUGGAAAGCUCGACCGAGGCGAAACUUGAAACUACAACCGCGUUUUUAGUUAAUGUAGAAGAUGAGGAUACUACAACGAAUUCGAAUGAAGAAAUAACCACUCAAGUGUAAAACAACUGGAAAUUAGGGAUCAAUUUUAAAUAAAAAUAGAAUGAAUUAUUUUGUUUAGAUAAUUGUGAACAAAAUGUUAAUGACCACCAAAGUCCCCUCAUUAAUAAAUCAAGUCAAUAUGUAUUUUAGAGUUCCUAACAAGCUAAUAAAAUUCAUCUUACAUCAAAAUUACGUUUAA